AUGACUGUAGGCACCGAGGAAGAGUACAAGAACUUCCAGACAUUGGAAAGGCUUCCUAUACCUCCUCUAGAGGCCACCCUCAAGAGAUACAUUGACAGAACUGAACCACUGCUGGGUAGUGAAGAAGCACAGAAGACUAAAAAAGUAGUCUACUCAGAGAGUAACCUCGAGGUAUUGAGCUAUUUGCAGGAUAAAUUGUUAGAGUACGAAAACUGGCUCGCUACUUUUGAACCCCAGUCCUCAUACAUUGAACAAUUCUGGUACAAUGCCUAUUUGAUGUAUGACUCUCCAGUGGUUCUUAACGUUAACCCAUUCUUUGAGCUUGAAGAUGACCCUACACUUGAUUAUUCGAUGCGCACAGGUGUAUUCCAGGAAUACACAUUGCAAAUUAAAAGGGCAUCCCGAGUGGUAACAUCUGCAUUGCGUUUUGCGAGUCAGAUCAGGAAUAAUACAUUAAAGCCAGAUAUUUUGCGGAAUGAUGUACCGCUGUCUAUGGACCAGUACCAAAAGUUGUUUGGCUCGAGCCGGAUCCCGCCAAAACCUAAGCAGCAGUCGUGCCAUUUACAGACCGACUCUACGUCUCACCACAUAGUUAUCAUGUACAAAGGUAGUUUCUACUGGUUUGAUGUCCUGGAUUGUCAGAAUGAGCUCAUAUUUCAAAGCGCCGAAGAGAUAGAGUGGAAUUUGUACUCCAUAAUUAUGGAUAGAGAGAGGCUAAACAAGGAAAACCACAAAGGAUUCUUGGAAAUGGGUAUUCUGACUACAGAGAGCAGAAGAACUUGGGCCAACAUCCGUGAACACAUACACAAGCAGGACUCUCGGCAAAAUUGGCAGAAUUUGAAGAUUAUAGACAGCGCUCUAUUUGUCCUAUGUCUUGAUGACUACGAGUCACACCUGGAUGAUCCAAACUCUUUGUUAAAAUUGUUUCUAACAGGCACAUCUGAGAUAGAUUUCAAUAGUCCUUUCGAGAUUGAUGAGUACGUGCAUGCACCAAAAAACCUUCAGCGAGGAACAUGCAUCAACAGAUGGUUUGACAAGUUACAGAUCAUAGUCACCAAAUGCGGUAAAGCAGGUGUGAACUUUGAGCACACUGGUGUAGAUGGCCAUACAGUGCUGCGACUAGCGAAUGAGAUAUACACUGAUGCAAUUACAAGCUUUGCACAGACAGUCACUUCAAGAACGCCGAGGACCUUGCCACAAGCAGACAGUAACCUGAUAACAGUGCCUAGAAAGCUGGAGUGGCUGAAAGACGAGUAUCUGUGCAGGGCGGUGCACUUUGCAGAAGUGAAAUGUACAGACUUGAUCUCCCAGUAUGAGAUAGAGAGUCUCGAGUUUGGAGGCUAUGGUUCAGCGCGGAUCAAGAGCGUUUUCAAGUGCUCACCAGAUGCAUUUGUACAGCAGAUGUUCCAAGUAGCGUUCUAUGCACUUUACGGUACAUUUGAAACCAUAUAUGAGCCCGCAAUGACGAAGACCUUUCUUAAUGGGCGGACUGAGGCUAUACGACCAGUGACUCAUGACUCGAUCAAAUUUGUCAAAUCCGUGUUCAACCACAGGAGCACGGACACUGAGCGUAUAGAUCUUCUGCACAGAGCAUGCCAGGAGCACACGCGCAUCACGAGGGAGUGCUCCAUGGGGAUGGGCCAGGACAGACACCUCUAUGCGUUGCAAUGCAUAUGGCAGAAACUACAAGCUGAGACGCCAGACGACCCCAUCACACACUCGACACCACCGAUCUUCGAAGACAACGCAUGGCACAAAAUUAACAAGAACAUCCUGAGCACUUCAAACUGCGGCAGUCCUGCACUGAAAUGGUUUGGGUUCGGACCUGUGGACAAGGACGGGUUCGGCAUUGGAUACAUUAUCAAGGACAGCAAGAUCAGUGUCACAGUGUCCUCGAGACACAGACAGACAGCACGGUUCAUCACCAUGCUGGACAGAGCACUUAACGAGCUGGACACCAUAUUCAACAGGGCACCAAAGACUAUAUAG